AUGUCUGAGGUAUACUAUGAGAAAAAUGGUAUAAACAAAUGUGAAGUCAAUAUAAAGGUAAAAGAGGAAGGUGAUCGAAUUCGACGUUCAAUAGACGGUGUGAAUGUUCCAUCCAAAAAUAUAAUAAUCACAUUUCCACUUAAUGAUGAACUGGUUGACCUUCAUUUGAUCAGAAAAGACGAUUUGUCUGUCAAUGUGCCAGUAUAUACGAGCGAUACAGGGGGAAACAUUAUCAAGGUUGACAAGAAAAUACCCAGCAAAAAUAAUGUUUUUUUCUAUCAAGAUCAACAAAAGUUUGCUGCAUUUUACGUAGAGACCAGUGAUUUAUCAUCCUGUUUGUUUGGAAGCUUUGAGGACCAAUCAAAUGAAUUCUUUUUGGAGCCAAGGGAUGCAGAGUGUGGUAAUUCAACGAGCAAUCCAUUGGUGUUUAAAAUUUUCAAGAUCAAACACAAACAAUUUCAGUACAACGAUUCUAUGACAACUGAAGAAACGCAUAUUCGACCAACACACAUUGACUCUAGAACAGCUGACGUGAAGCGGUCAGUGACCGAGUACAAAGUGGAGAUGCUUCUAAUUAUAGAUUAUUCCAUUUACAGUUAUUGGUUAACCCAAAGCGCAGCAGGGACAACUGCAACAAGGGACACAGAAGCUAAAUACAAUAUCAGGCAAUUCUAUGCCUGGGUUAUAAAUGGGAUGGAUAUCCGAUAUAAGAACAUUCAAACAUCAGCUAAAAACGCAGGAAUCUAUAUAGCUACCGCUACCAAGUCUUCUUUUACCGAAAACAAUAAAGAUUCUUCUAGUCCAAAGCCAAAGGUGGAUUCAGGUCGAGUUCUGGAAGACGUCUUAUCCUGGGUAAACGAUCAAUCAGGUCUACCUAGUCAUGACCAUGCCAUGAUGUUUUCAAGGUAUGAUUUUACAAGUGGAGGUUCGAGUGAUGUUACUGGUUUGGCUUUUGUGGCAGAGGUGUGCCAAUCUAAGAGCGUGUCUAUUGUAGAAGAUAAUUUUGACUUUGUCAUGAUUACAGUUGCAGCCCAUGAACUUGGACACAGUUUGAGUGCAAUUCACGAUGGAGCGGACAGUUCCUACAUAAUGGCGGCAUCGUCCUCUCCUCCCCAGAAUACGAACCCUUGGAAAUUUUCAUCACAGUCCACGAGCUCCUUUACUACCUAUAUCAACUCACUCAAUUCAGCAGGGACCAAUUGUAUGACGUCUUUAAGUGAAACCUUUGACCCCACUGCUUUAAACGAGUUUACACUUUUACCAGGACAGGCUUACGAUCUCGACACGUAUUGUAAAAAUAUAUAUGGGUCUGAAUCGUCGCUCUGCAAAGCGCCAUACAAGGGAAAUUACACUUCAAUAUGUUUAACCUUGUGGUGUCUAGAGACAGGCGGAUCCGGGACUUGUCAGGCCACAGUGGCGGGGGACGGCAUGCAGUGUGGACACAGAAAAUGGUGUAUAUCUGGAAUCUGUACAUAUGACGUGUGUGCACCACCAGGAGACGAAUCCUGUUUAUAUGGUGAGAGAUCUGGGAAUGUAUUGGUAUACAACGGUCAAGAAAAGACGUGUGCUGACGUCCCCACAGAACCAUACCUGUGCUACAAUGGGGACGUACGGGCAUUCUGUUGUAAAUCCUGCCCUCGGUUUUAUACAGGAAGGCAAGGGUGUGAGUAUGGGGAUAAAUUGUCCGGUUGUUCAUCUCAAUAUUGUCCUCAAUAUAAAGACAACGAAUGUUGUGGAUUUUGUUAUACCGGAUCAACACAAACUACGGUCAAUACGAUCACUAAUGAGGAACCAGACUUAUGUACAAGAACAACAACUGUGAUGAAAGUAUCAGACACUUCCAAGACCAACAUUACUACUUCUACAGUGGUAACAGAACAAUCAACGCAUGCAGGCUCUUCUCAACCCAAGAACAAUGUAACAUUUACUUCUGAACCUCGAAAAUCGCAAACACCGUCAACAGGACAACGAUUAUCUACUGUUUCAAUAACCACAACGACAGUAUCGUCUAUAGCUAAUACAAACUCUCCGUUAAAUGAAGAAAUGAAAUUCACUUUUGUUUUGCGGAUGGCAAUAGUAAUAAGUGAGAAUUUGUCUGACAGCACACAGUAUGCAUCUGUGAAGAGAAAAGCUGAAACAGCGUUGACGACUCUUUACAGAAAGGGACUUGGUAAUGGAUUGAAAAGCUGUAAUGUUACCGGAUUACGGAAAGGUAGCUUAGUUGUUAACUAUGAUCUCUACACAACGAGCGAUUCAUCUGCAUCAUCAAAUUUGGUAUCCAUUAACAAAGAUCUGCUUUCUGGUAAAGAAAAUGUAACGUACGACGGACAUUUUGCACCAGUGUCAUCUCUUUUAUUUGUCGACUCCUCAGGGCAAAUCGUGAUCUUCACCAAUUCUUCUACUGGAUGCCAGAUUCUGAAGGCAAUCAAUCCUUGUAGAACUGGAUCACAAUGUGUUGAAGAACAGCAAGGACCUGUCUGUCGACUGGACAAUAUUAAUUCUGGUGGUUGCUGGUACUGGUGCAGUGGUUCUACUGUUAACGAUCAUAGCCAUGGUCUUACUCUACAGAGGAAAAUCAAACAAAAAGAAAACAAAAGAAGGAGAGUUAUGAUGAUAGUCUGGAUUUAUUUUACAUUCCGGAAGUGUGUGUCAAUGUUUGAUGUCAUAAUAUCAUAAUCAGCAAGAAAGAAUACAAAAUAAAAAAGUUGUACAGUAACUGAAUGAAAUAACAUUAGAUCAGUUACAAAACUCCUGAAAGUUUCAUUAAAAUUAUAUUUUGUAAUUUAAUCUUGGAAGAAAAAUAUGAAUUUUUAAAGGGAUAAAAUUUUGUAUUGGA